GGAAAGUCAAAAGAGUAAUAGUGAGAUUUCAUUAUGGAGGAAGGGGUUAAGAUAUGAUAACGUAGAGAGGAGGGUAGAGAUGAGGGAUGGCAAAACCCAGUCCCUUUAAGGGUGGGUUUGGAAUGGAGAGAAGUCCAGCUAAAUGAUAUGGCGGAGUAACCCAGUAACAGUAAGGAUGGGAGUGGCAGUAUGGGUAAGGAGAAAGAAGACAGUGGCCCAGACUAAGUAAUUAUUGGGUUUUACAAGAUAGAUGCCCAGUCCCUGUAUCAAUAGCCUGAGAAAGGGGUGUAGCCAAGUCCCAGUGAAGACAGGAUGGUAGAGGGGAGUUGCCCAUUGUAAUUAAGGUCAUGGUAGGGGAAAGGAGCAGCCCAAUCUCAGAAAAGAGUGUGUGAGAGGAGGGAGUCCAGUCCCAGUAAAUUUGCAGUUGCAGAUGGGAGUAGCCCAGUUCCAGUAAGUAAGGAGUGUGUGGGAUAUAUCAAGCACCAGUUAACCUCCUGGCCAGUGAGCAUUUGGAACACGUGAGUAGAAGUUGCAGCCUGACAGCACUACUGACUACAGGAGCAUCACACAACAAGUCACACAACAAGCUCAGAGGAAUAAUCCAAGUAUAGACGGAAUUUUGGAUUUGGGCAUUUUGGAACUGAAACAACAAUCAGAAGAAACUACUGCCACAGUGACUGGCGUGGACAUGGUGGAGAAGGUACAGCGCCCUCAGGUGUCCAGCCUGGUGCACAGCAGGGAAGAGACUCCUAGCAGUUCUGAACAAGACUCCUGUGCAUUAGGAAAAGGAAAGCCUGAGGAAGUCAAGACUGGAGGAAGCAAUGGUAGCAACAUUGGAGGGCGUCCAGCUGCGGCCAAUGCUGCCAGAGAAAGGAACAGAGUUCAAACUUUGCGCCAUGCUUUUCUGGAACUUCAGAGGACAUUGCCAUCUGUGCCUCCAGAUACAAAGCUCUCCAAGCUGGAUGUGCUUAUACUGGCCACAACGUACAUUGCCCAUCUUACCCGUAGCCUGCAGGAGGAGGAUGAGAGCAGCUCUAACCACCCCACUACUGCUCCUAGUAACAAUGCAUCACAUAGCCCAGAACUCUUGGGUACACUGCACAGUGGAGAAGGAUACCUGCAUCCGGUCAAGAAAUGGCCCAUGCGUUCCAGGCUGUACAUUGGCGCCACAGGACAGUUCCUGCACCAAUCAACGUCCGCUGAAAGCCAAGAGCAAGAUGAGAAUAUGCCCUGAAUUUAAAGCUCUAUCUGCACUACCAGGGUCCUUCCUCCACAGCUGACUGUAACAUGUUAUAUAUGGACAUAAAAGAGUUGCACAUUCUUGAUGAGAAGCUUGGGACUUUAUCUUCUAAUCUAUGUCUGCAUGUCUGUGUCUGUGCAAUGCCACACCUUCAAAUCCCACAUGGGAACUAUAACCUACAAUGAGGCAGAAGCUUCUCAGCUGAAUUAUUUAAUUGUCUGCUCCAUACAUUCUACUAGAAACUAGAAAAUAUUCACUUAAAGUUAUUUAUUUUUUAAAAGGGAAACCAAAGGAUGAGACAAAAUUAAAUAUUUAAUUAUAUGAACUAUUGAGCAUGUGCUUCCCAACUGUUUUUUGGCAAAUAUUUUUUUGCUGUUACCUGCAUUUAGGAGGUUUUUGUUACAUUUCCGAGCUCCUUCAAGAACUUGAUAUACGGUGUAUUGUAGUUUAUUGAAACCCUCUCCCUUUUGAAACAGAAUAUUGUGUGUAUAUCGCUUUAAUUAGUGUGUCAUUCCCUACAGCUUUCUAUGUAUUGUGUGUAAUGUUUGCCUUGUCCGAGAUACAACCUUUACAUUGCUGUAUCUGCGGGAGAUGCUAUCUGGAAUUAUUUACUGAGUCCUAUUAAGAAACUGUGUAUAUUUAAGAGAACUGACCUCGUGCUUGGCUGGAAGAUGAUUAAAAAUAUUUGCACUAAAUGCAUGCAAUAACAGGCAAACAAUUUUUCACGUCAAGUUCCAUAUGAGGGAAUUCCCAUGUAUGGGGAUCCUUUAAGCAAAGUACAAUAAUAAAUAUAUGGAAACAAAUCUGAAAAACUCUGAAUCAGGGUAAUGUUCUAUACCAAAGAUCCCCAACUUUUUUUUUACCCGUGAGCCAUAUUCCAAUGUAAAUAAAAGUUGGGGAGCAA